UUACCAUUUUUUUUUACUUCCCCUCCCCUCCCCCCUCAUUAUGACCACCAACCUGCCUUUAAUUCAGCCCUAAUAUAAUUUCAAGAAAAAAAAAAUCAUAACUUUAAAAGUGAGAAAAAAAUAGUCAGCUUCUCGUACAUUAUUUAUACCCCACCCUUCGUCUACUCACAACUAGCUUCCCAAUCAUCAUUCUCUCACUUCUUCAAGCAACCCAAACGGCCAAAGCGACCCCAUCAAAUCUCUUCUCCCUCACUAUAUCUAGAGAGAGAGAGAGAGAGAGAGAGACGCACACACACAGUGUCCAUCUCUUGCUACUGAAAUGAGGGAGGAAGUAGUAAAAGUUUUAGUGAGAGAAUUCGAACCGGAGAGAGACAGAGAGGCCGUGGAGAUUUUAGAGAAGUCUUGCGAGGUUGGUCCCAGCGGCAAGAUGGCUCUUUUCACCGACCUUCUUGGCGACCCACUUUGCCGCGUUCGCCACUCUCCUUGUUUCUUCAUGCUCGUCGCCGAGACCUGCGGGCCGUUGAGCCUAAUCGUGGGAGUCGUCCGCGGCUGCAUCAAAACGGUCACGUGCGGCAAGAAGGCAAACCGCUCGCCUUCCGGCGAGAAGCAGUAUACGCCUAUCUACACCAAGCUAGCCUACCUCCUCGGCCUUCGCGUCUCACCCGCAUACCGGCGAAUGGGCAUCGGGCUGACACUCGUCCAAAACAUGGAACAAUGGUUCCGCUCUAAAGGCGCCGAAUACUCAUACAUCGCCACAGACACCGAAAACGAAGCCUCCGUCCGCCUCUUCACCCGCCGCUCCGGCUACACAAAAUUCCGAACACCUUCCAUUCUCGUCCACCCUGUCUUCCGCCACCCCCUUCCCCUCCACCACCGCCGCAUAAAGCUCCUCCGCCUCUCCCCCUCAGCCGCCGAACUCCUCUAUCGCCGCCGUCUCUCCACCACCGAAUUCUUCCCCAGAGACAUCGGCUCCAUUCUCCGCAACAAACUUUCUCUCGGCACCUUCCUCGCUCUCCCCUCCGAUCAUCCCUGGACUGACCUCCACGGUUUCCUUGCCGCUCCGCCGGAUAGCUGGGCCGUACUCAGCGUCUGGAACUGCAAAGCCCUGUUCCGGCUAGAGGUCCGCGGAGCAGGGAGAUGGAGGAGGUGGUUGUCUUUUGUGACGCGGGUGGUGGAUGGAGCGCUGCCGUGUUUGGGGAUCCCGUCUGUGCCGGAUGUUUUUCGGCCGUUUGGUAUGUAUUUGAUGUAUGGGAUUGAGGGGGAAGGGAAGGGAGCGGAGGAGAUGGUGCGUGUGCUGUGCAGGUAUGUGCAUAAUUUGGGGAGGGAAGGGGGUUGUAAGGUGGUGGUGGCGGAAGUGGGGGAGGAGGAGCCGUUGAGGAAAGGGAUACCGUAUUGGAGGGGGAUGUCGUGCGCGGAGGAUUUGUGGUGUGUGAAGAGAUUGGGGGAGGAUUAUAGUGAUGGGGCGGUGGGAGAUUGGACCAAGGCGGCGCCGGGGAAGUCGAUUUUUGUUGAUCCGCGAGAGUUUUGAUGCGAAAAAUUCGUUUUUUUUUUUUUUUAAGGGUUAAAUUUUGUUUUUUUGAACUGGAUGGGAUUAUUUUGAAUGAACUUUAAGUUGGGGAAGAUGGAGCGGGAGCUGUGAAAUUUUUGUCGAGACGGCUAUGGAGAAGAUGGAGAAUGGUUGAGUUGGAUAGAGGAGGAUU